UAGCAACACUGCUCUUCGAUGUCCUGCACGCUGUGUUACUGACUCUAACAACUCCCGCAGGAUAACGCUUGGCCACCGACCCCACAAUCAUCCAGUGGCUACAUUAAAAGUUCAUAAAUCCCGAAGAAAAACCAAUGAAAUGCGAAAAGAAAAGUCGUGGUGUGGCUAUAACCAUUGGUGGAUUUACGAUAAUCGAUGGCUUCCGCUUUGUAAUUGGAUCGCAGCACAACAAUCGCAGCUACCUAAAGUGCGCCAGCUUCCGGAGCCGUUGCCGUGCUCGAGCCAUCCUGAUAAAUGGCACUGGCGUAGUUAGGAUGCGACACAGCGGUCAUAAUCACACCCGGGUCCAACCAGUAAAGCGUUUCUAUAUGAACGACCAAACUCGAAAAAAAAUUGUGGAAUAAACGACACAUCCAAACUGGCCCAAUAUGUGCGGUCGAAUCGCGGCACUGAUCUCGUUUACUACGAAGGAAACACUUACACGCCGAAUGAGAAGCUGAGAGAAGGCCAAAAGAGCCGGGACUGGAAGUGCUCCAUGUAUCACAAGGCC